AUGCGUGCGAAUCGACAAAAUGACAACAACAACAACCGCACACCACCUGUGGUUAUUGACCUUACCAUCAGUCCCAGAGCCCAGCGUGAGGUGGAAAGGCUUCAAGAAUAUCAUCGCAACCAAGAUGACAAGCUGGCCAUGCGUCAAAUAAUCAAGAUUAUCCAAGACAAACGCCGAGAAGAGUUUUGCCUACUCCGCGAAGCCCUCGGCCAGGUCUAUAGUUACACUGGCCGCUACUUGCAGCUUCCAGGUGAAAAGGAAGUUGCAGCCCAGUUGUUACGCCCUGGAAACUUAGGUUCUGAGUUUGUAAAUGAUUUUGAUAAUGAUGCCAAAUGGCAUUGGCUUCAGCUUCGAGUUAACGCCCUGUAG